AUGAGAUUGAAUGCUUAUGAGUCUUCAAGACUGUACAAAGAAAAAGUGAAGGCUUAUCAUGAUAAGAAGCUGCUAAAAAAGGAAUUUAGGCCAGGACAACAAGUGCUGCUGUUCAACUCAAGAUUGAAGUUCUUUCCAGGAAAGUUAAAAUCCAAAUGCUCUGGACCAUUCACCAUCAAGGAAGUCAGGCCAUAUAGAGCAGUGGAAUUAUUUGACCCUCAGUCAGAAACUCCGGAUAGAACAUGGAUAGUAAAUGGUCAGAGAUUAAAGCUAUACCAUGGUGGGAACAUUGAGAGACUGACCACCAUUCUGCAAUUACAAGACCCUUAG